UCUUCUAUCAACAGCACACAUCAAUGGAAUAUGAUUUAAUGGAGGCAUUCGGUCCGAAACGUGAUUCGCUACAAGUGGUCAUACCCUUGACCAUAAUUUAUGGUUUGAUUUUUGUAACAGGUGUUAUUGGCAACAUUAGCACCUGUAUUGUGAUUAAGAAGAAUCGUUCCAUGCACACGGCCACCAAUUAUUAUCUCUUCAGUUUGGCUAUAUCGGAUUUUCUGUUGUUGAUUUCGGGUGUGCCACAAGAAAUCUAUUUAACUUGGUCGAAAUAUCCCUAUGUAUUUGGUGAAUAUUUUUGUGUUGGCCGUGGUAUAUUGGCUGAGACCUCAGCAAAUGCUACAGUUCUGACGAUAACAGCAUUCACCGUGGAACGUUAUGUUGCCAUCUGCCAUCCAUUUCUAAGUCAAGCCAUUUCGAAGUUAAGUCGUGCCAUACGCAUCAUUGUACUCAUCUGGAUUUUGUCGAUUCUGACUGCCAUACCACAAGCUCUACAAUUUGGUAUCAUUUCGAUUGGUGGUAUUGAGAAAUGUGUUGUUGUUCGUAUUAUUCUGCAACAUUCCUUUCAAUUGUCCACGUAUAUAUUCUUUUUUGCUCCGAUGUCGAUUAUCUUUGUCCUUUAUCUGCUGAUCGGUCUUCAUUUGUAUCGUUCGAAUGUUAUUGGAGGUGGUGCCCUGGGUAAUGGCAGCAUGGAUAACGAUGUCAAUGGUCGUAGCAAGGACACUAUGAUGAAACGUUUUCGUCGUGAUCUAUCACAUGAUUUAAGUGAUCCAUCGACAACACGUGGACGUGGUCGUUUCGGUAUGAAAAGUGUGCAGAGUGAUACGAUUUUGUAUCGUUAUUCGGGUGGCGCCCAAGUCAGCGCUGUGCGUGGACGCAUGAAUCAAUUCGGAACGAAGAGGGUGCUGAAAAUGUUGGUCGCUGUUGUCAUUUGCUUCUUUUUAUGUUGGGCACCAUUUCAUGCUCAACGGUUAAUUGCUGUCUAUGGUCCUGGGAGCAGCACCGUCAAUGCCAAUAAUAAUAGCAACAACAACAACAGCAACACCAAGGAUCAUCAUGAGGUCAUUUACACGGUGAUGACAUAUAUAUCGGGGGUGCUCUACUAUCUGUCGACGUGCAUUAACCCCUUGCUGUACAAUUUGAUGAGUAAUAAAUUUCGCCAGGCAUUUAAGUCAAUUCUAUUUGGCAAGAAAUCAACAGCACAACGCAGAUCUCAAAAUUCUCAUCGCAGCAUCGGCCGUAAAACCACCUUGACUUCAUCGUCUGGCCAAAGAGAUUCCAUUGAAUCCGAACUGCAAUCGAAGGUGUCAUUAAUGCAGACUGUAAUGAAUGAUCGGAAAAUAAAUAGCGAGGGAAUGAUUCCAUGAUCAAGUGUACAU